AAAGUGAAACUUGCUUUAGCGUGCUUCUAAACCUCAACUGGUUGGUUUCGUGCUUCGUGUCAAAAGUACGCUACUUCUACGAAUAACGUAACCUAUUUUAGCCUCUCGGUCAGUGGGGACGAUCGAAAAAGGAGGCGGGCGACGAGCGGGAUCAUCGACGAGCGGGACCAAGAGAGAAAAGGACCCCGCUCGUCGCCCGCCUGCUUUUUCGAUCGUCCCCACUGAGCGAGAGCCCAGAACAGGUGAAGUAUUUUAAAGCUAAACCUUUUCAGUAGGAUUGUGGAUUCUCAAGAACUCAAAAAAUGAUCGCGUUCGAUCCGAGUUCUUUUAGAGUCGACACAUAUUGAACCUGAAAAGUUUGUCUAUUUUUUCAACAAUUUUAGAUUUAGUAUCAGAUGGACUAAUUAAUUGAACUCGUGUCGUUUUGCCUAAACACUAACAAAGAACAGUCUAAGGUCAGGGCUUCCCCAGACCCUUUCCGCUUCUAACAUAUGCCUAGUAGAGGGGCCCUGGGGCUUAAACUACUGUGAUUAAUAUUCAAAUGCACACCGGACAGAAGUCUUGUUUGAGAAAACAUCUGCCACGCGGACUAAUUAGUCCGCGUGGCAGAUGUUUUCUCUAGUAUAUGUUGUAGUUUCUUCUUCGAAAACUCUCAAAGGAAGUAAAUGUUUCGACACUACUUCAACCGAAUGUUUAAUUAAUUAAUUAAUUAAUCGAUAUACACUGCAAGAAUAUCGAAGAAAGUGACGGACAAGUUCAUUUUCACCCAUUUAUUCCAUUUAUUCAGUUCUUAGAUUUUUACAUACGUCACUCUCAAGCAAUUAUUCAAAAUUUGCAUUUUUUUCAGACAGCAUUAUAAAUGCUAUUUCGUCUCCAACGUUUGUUUUGUCUCUUCUACAGUCGGUAUCCUUUCUGCAUGGAUGUUUUUUGACGUUUUUAUAACAAUUUUUUAAUAUUCUUGUACCUACGUCUACUUGCCAUUUAACCACUUCUCUACGCCACACGCUCUGGUCAAAAUGGAAGGGCUAAAAGAGUUUCUGACUCCUUCUCGUUUCAGUUUGUUUGGCUACAUUGUAGCAGUCCUUUUUCUCUUGACAGGAGCCGUGUUUGUAGGAAUCACAAGUAAGGUAAGACUCAACGAACGGAGAACUUUCCUUUGCGAUUUCCAAGGUACCCUACCUGACAAGAAUUUUCAUCAAGCUCAAUGCUUUGAGAAGUACGAGGAACAGUACAAUUCUCCACUGCCAUUGUAUCUGUAUGUCCUUUUGAGUUUUGUUGCCGUGGUCGUGGUGUGCCUCGCUUACUCGUGGUGUUGUGUGAAAUCUCGGGUUGACCGGCUACAAGCCGCGAUGGCACCCGAUGCGGAAAACCCUCGCCCAAGGCCAAGAAUAAGAACUCGUCGAGUUUUCGCGAUUUAUUUCCUUCAUCUAGCGACGCGCCUAGUCUUAGGAAUUGUGUUUACAUUGAUGCAAAACUUUGUGUUGUAUCCAGGUGGCUUUCCGACCGGAUAUGCUUGCGUUUUGCCAACGGUGAGAUCAUUCAAUACCAGCGCUUCUUCAAAAACACUCUCUCACACAUCAAACUGCCACAAUUCUGUUGCAUCUGAAAAGAACAGCUGUAUGAGGAUGGUUUGGAUAGCUAACAUCAUUUUCAACUGUCUUGUGUUCGGAGAAAUCAUUUACCUUCUAGCACGUGCAUCACAUAGUAGUAAGUUUACGUUCGAUUCAGAAUUCUCUUCAAAGUAUUUUUUCUACCAAAGCUCAACUGCCGUGACGCCAGCUGGCUUCAGGAAAUCCAUGAAAAAACUGAUCUUACAAGAAACAGAGUUUAUAGAGCCACUGAUUCACUGUAGCACUGAGGAAGAGGAAGGCAACAUACUCUUAGAUGACAUCUUUCUGGACGUAAUCAUUUACACCGGAAGAGCAAAAGAGAAGUUUUUGAAGGAUUGCGAAAGACACCUCAUAUACGACUCCUAUUUAAAACCUGAAAGCCAGCAUGGAUCAGUUGCGAUCAAAACGCGCGGAGAGUUGUUUCUGUCCAACGAAGACACUCAAAACCCACGGAAAAUUCUCAUCGUUGGACGCCCGGGGAUCGGAAAGUCUUUGCUCUGUCAGAAACUCCUGCGUGAUUGGAGUAAAGGGCACCUUUUCCACGAUAACAGCAAAACGUUCAAGUACGCUUUCUUGUUCCAGUUUCGUUCGUUUUAUUCGGAAACAUCAGGACAGAUCUCCUUUCGGCAGUUGCUGAACCGCACAGCAUAUUCAGCCGGUCAAAGAGACGAUCAGGUUUUUCAAGAACUGUUGGAUAAUCCUGAGGAAAUACUUCUUGUAUUUGAUGGCUUCGACGAAUUUAAGGAUCACGAUAGCUGCACGACCAACGAGGCGGCACGAUUCGGAAAUGGCCCAAGCGAGAAAAUGCCAUUAUCAGCACUAUACGUGAAACUUCUGCAGGGAAAACUCCUUCCUGGAGCAACAGUGUUGACAAGUUGUAGGCCGACUGUGCUGGGAAGUGUUGAGGUCCCACUGUUUGACAGGACUGUGGAAAUAAUGGGCUUUACAGAAGAGAAAGUUCAGAAGUAUGUGAACAACUACUGUGAAGGAGACAGCGCGACAGCAACACAAAUAUGGGAGCACAUCUACAGCAAUUUAAACCUGUUGUCUUUAUGCUACAUUCCUGUGAAUUGUCGCAUAUUGUGUUUCUUUCUCAAGGCGUUAAUCAAGCUUUGUGCCCUGGGAUCAGAAAUCGUCACCUUACCGACAAGGCUCACGGAAGUCUACCAAGGAGCUUUGAGAUUGUUCAUCUUUACGCAUCACCCGGAAUUUCGCGAUAAACCAUUUCGGGGAAAUGAACGCUUUUCAGAUUCGGUUGAAAAGACCUUGACAGAACUCGGGUCGUUAGCAAGAAAAGGAAUAGCCGAAGGGCGACUGAUAUUCGACUCAGAAGAAGUGUCAGGAAUGAUACAUUGUGGUUUGCUGAAUCAAUUGCCUGACAGCAGGUUGUCUCCGGUGGAGUUCAAACAACGUUUUUGCUUCAUUCAUUUAACUUUACAGGAGUUUCUGGCCGCUAGAGAGAUUACGAAGAUGGAGCCCGAUGACCUUAAGGAAUUUAUUACGUCUAACACGGAAGAUCCAAAGUGGCAUUUGGUCAUUCAGUUCGUUGCUGGGUUACUUCAUGGCCAGCAGCACAAUGACGCAGUCAGCAGCUUUGUAAAGUGCCUUCACGACUCUUCGCUGUCGAAUCCACCGAAUAAAAAGAUGGCUUUACUCAUGAUGAAGUGUUUGUACGAGUACAAUGACGAUGCUACAGUGAAGAGCGCAGCUUCUCAGCUUCAGCAAAACAGAUGUUUUCGCAAUUCGUUUGACCUGUGGAAUUGCCAAAUAACACCUGUUGACUGCACAGCAAUUGUGUACUUCUUAAGAAACAUUGAGCGGGUGAAUUACUCACUUUACCUAAGUGCUAAUUCUCUAGGAGAAGGGGGAUGUAAAGAAUUAGCCAAGCUGUUAAUGGAAGGAGGCCCAGUUAAAUUACUCCUAAAAAAGAACAACAUCACUGACCAGGGUUUGAUUUCAUUGAUAAGAGCUAUCAGUGCGGACAAGUGUAAACUCCAGAAGUUGAGCCUUAAUUGGAACGACUUAAUCAGUCCAGAUGCAUUAGUCCUCCUUUGCGAAUCACUAAAAACCAAAAGUUGUAAGCUCACUCACUUGCGACUUGGCACAUUGCAAAUAACUGAACACGUUUUGUCACACUUGUGUGAAUCACUGGAACACGCGAAUUGCAAAAUCACCAGCUUGAUGUUCAACGAUGAGGAACUUUGGACCGACGCGGUUUUGUUGAAGUUCUGUGAAACACUCAAACACCAAAACUGCCAGGUGAGCUCGUUGAGAAUAGAGUGUCAGAAAAUUACUAACCAAGGCGUUAAACACUUCUGCGAAACACUAGAGAGCGAACAUUGCAAACUCAAGAAACUGGAUUUGAUCAGCAAUCGAAUAACCGCUGUGGUGGUGCCUUUCAUUCGCAGAUCAUUAAGUCACCCGAACUGUAAACUCUGUAAAUUAAACAUUAUAUCUUGGAACAUAAAUCAGCAAGUUGAGAGAGACCUGGAUGAGGCACUUCAAGCUGCCUGCCUCAAACGCAAUGCUCAUUCCACAAUGUAAAUAGCCCUCUCACUUAAAAAAAAAUGCCAAACUUCAAGCUUGAGAUUAAAACUCACGACUUCACUUUGCAAAUUAACAAGAACAACAGCACCUGAAAGUGCCAUCUGCAAACACCAUAGUUAAUAGAGGGAAAUGGUUAAUAAACCUGGCAAAGUUCUUUGUUGUAUGUUUUUGCUGGCUAUUUUGGGGGUUGACCCUGUACAAAACCUGACAAAAUACAAAAGGUGGUUAUGUGUGCUCAUACAACUAGCCAAUUGAAGCACUGCGAUUUUGUAAUUCAUGCAUAGUCUGUGGGCAUAAAACAAAAGAUGUACAGGGUCAAGGACAUUCUAACAUAAAUCUCAGCCUGUUUGUUUGCUUCUCUGGUGUUUACCGGCCUUCCUGACCAUUUCCCUCCGUUAACUAUGGCAAACACAUUACAUACUCGCGUUUCAUCCUCAGAUGUAAAACUUAGAAGGAUCUUUAAACGGCCAGAUAAAUACAAUAAACACCCACCUAUAAGAAGCUGGUGAUUAAGUGCGUGUUGGUUGAAAUUGUUACAUUUAAAGCCCCAUCAACAAUCGCCUGUUUCGUUUAACUGCGCAGAAGUUUUUUCAGUCCCAGUCUCUGUAAUCCUCUACGCAGCCGUUAUUAGGGUCGUCACGCAACGCUUUUCUAGAGAGAAGCAUUGCGUGACGACCCUAAUAACGGCUGCCAAGGCGACUACGGUCUAUGUUGUGCUCAUCGAUUCGACAAGUAUUGUUUGUAAAGCAGUACACAAGUUCAACGAGUAAAUAUAAUGGCAACCAAAGAAUAAAGAGAAUUUUAAGGAAAUCAAUAACAAGUAUUUUUUUUCUCCCCAGGUUGUAAGUUUCCUCCGGAUAUAAUACCCAACUCGCUUGUAACCUUACCGACUCUUCUUAUACAGUUGUUUCGACAAAGGUUGUCCCACUAGUCUGUCCACAGACAAUCUAUCUUGUCUCGAGUUCGUCGCGAUCGCAAGCGUAGCAAAAUAUUAAUCUGGCGCGUGGGAUAUGAACGAUCCAAAACGCAAGGGGGUGGGGCUCUUUCGCGUUCCACGCUCGCUUUCAAGCGCGCUCGACGAAGGAAAAGAUCGUACGAAAAAAACAUCCGUGGACAAAAGCGACCCCUCUAUACGGCCACUUUUUUUGUCCCGGCGCACGGUCAAUACAUUCACACUUAUUUUAACCUAUCAACAACGUCCACUUCUCUAAAACAGCAACGGCCACGAAAGCGCCCCCUAACUGCCAAAACAACCUCCCGACAACGGCCAGUUAAUCAACGAAGGAUCAGUGCAUACAAAAUCCCUGUUUACUGUAAAACGUAACAAACACUGAUCCAUACCGCACGUCGUUGGUCUCUGUUUCUGUUUGGUUUCUGCUUUAAUAAUAUAUUUUGUUUGUGUUGCGUACUUACAUGCUACAAUAAGCAUUUUUUAAAGAAAAAAAUCGUUGCACCCCCAAACAAAUACAAGUGUCAUAUUACACCCCUACCUCUCCAUAACGGCCACCCCACUUUCCACUUUCCCUAAGGUGGCCGUUGUGGAGAGGUUCGACUGUAUAUCAAACAAAUAAUUCUGAAAUUUUAUAGGUCUUGAAAAAAUGAUU